UGGGAAGUGGAGUGUGCGGGCUGUUAGCAGGCGGGGCGCCCCUACCGCGCCCCGCCUCCCUCCCUCGAGGCUCACUCGCGCCCAGAGUCUUGGCUGCUAGCGGCCGCCGGGCCGAGCGGCCCAGCCCCUGCCAGCCGCGCCGGGACCGACAGAUAAGGAGCUCAGAGUCAGGCAGGGACGGAAUGGUGCUCAUUGAUUCCAAAGCAUCUUUGAUCUGCCAGACAGAGGGGCCUUUGCUGCUGGUCUUUCUUGGACCAUUCCAGAGAGGACAACUGGCGUCUGAGAAGUGAAAGAACAGGAUGCCCCCUGGGGUUGACUGCCCCAUGGAAUUCUGGACCAAGGAGGAGAAUCAGAGUGUGGCCGUUGACUUCCUGUUGCCCACGGGGGUCUAUCUGAACUUCCCUGUGUCCCGGAAUGCCAACCUCAGCACCAUCAAGAAGGUGUUGUGGCACCGGGCCCAGUAUGAGCCACUCUUCCACAUGCUCAGCGACCCCGAGGCCUAUGUGUUCACCUGCGUCAACCAGACGGCGGAGCAGCAGGAGCUGGAGGACGAGCAGCGGCGGCUCUGCGACAUCCAGCCCUUCCUGCCAGUGCUGCGGCUCGUGGCCCGAGAGGGCGACAGGGUGAAGAAGCUGGUCAACUCUCAGAUCAGCCUCCUCAUCGGCAAAGGCCUCCACGAGUUCGACUCCCUGCAUGACCCAGAAGUGAAUGCCUUCCGCACCAAGAUGCGCCAGUUCUGUGAGGAGGCGGCCGCCCGGCGGCAGCAGCUGGGCUGGGAGGCCUGGCUACAGUACAGCUUCCCGCUGCAGCUGGAGCCCUCGGCGCGGAGCUGGGGGGCCGGCACCCUGAGGGUCCCCAACCGGGCCCUCCUGGUCAACGUCAAGUUCGAGGGCAGUGAGGAGAGCUUCACCUUCCAGGUGUCCACCAAGGACGUGCCGCUGGCGCUGAUGGCGUGCGCGCUGCGGAAGAAGGCCACCGUGUUCCGGCAGCCCCUGGUGGAGCAGCCCGAGGACUACACACUGCAGGUGAACGGGAGGCAGGAGUACCUGUACGGCGGCUACCCGCUCUGCCAGUUCCAGUACAUCUGCGGCUGCCUGCACAGCGGCCUGACCCCCCACCUGACCAUGGUGCACUCGUCCUCCAUCCUCGCCAUGCGGGACGAGCAGAGCGACCCUGCCCCCCAAGUCCAGAAACCGCGCACCAAACCACCCCCCAUUCCCAUGAAGAAGCCUUCCUCCUUGUCCCUGUGGUCCCUGGAGCAGCCUUUCUGCGUGGAGCUGAUUCAGGGCAGCAAAGUGAAUGCCGAUGAGCGGAUGAAGCUGGUCGUGCAGGCGGGGCUGUUCCACGGCAACGAGACGCUGUGCAAGACAGUGUCCAGCUCGGAGGUGAGCGUGUGCUCAGAGCCCGUAUGGAAACAGCGGCUGGAGUUUGACAUCAACAUCUGUGACCUGCCCCGCAUGGCCCGUCUCUGCUUUGCACUUUACGCCGUGAUCGAGAAGGCCAAGAAGGCUCGCUCCACCAAGAAGAAGUCCAAGAAGGCGGACUGCCCCAUCGCUUGGGCCAACCUCAUGCUGUUUGACUACAAGGACCAGCUCAAGACCGGUGAAUGCUGCCUGUACAUGUGGCCGUCCGUCCCAGACGAGAAAGGGGAGCUGCUGAACCCCACGGGGACAGUGAGGAGUAACCCCAACACGGAGAGCGCUGCGGCCCUCGUCAUCUGCCUCCCCGAGGUGGCCCCCUACCCUGUGUACUACCCCACCCUGGACAAGAUUCUGGAGCUGGGGCGGCACGGGGAGCACGGGCGCUUCAGCGAGGAAGAGCAGCUACAGCUGCGGGAAAUCCUGGAGCGGCGGGGGUCCGGGGAGCUGUACGAGCACGAGAAGGACCUGGUGUGGAAGAUGCGGCACGAGGUCCAGGAGCGCUUCCCCGAGGCGCUGGCCCGCCUGCUGCUGGCGGCCCGCACCUUGACCGGCACCUCGACCGCUGGCUCCCCCCAGAUGCUCUACCUGCUGGGCUCCUGGCCCGAGCUGCCCGUCCUGAGCGCCCUGGAGCUGCUGGACUGCAGCUUCCCCGACCGCCACGUGGGCUCCUUCGCCAUCAAGUCUCUGCGGAAGUUGACGGACGACGAGCUCUUCCGGUACCUGCUGCAGCUGGUGCAGGUGCUCAAGUACGAGUCCUACCUCGACUGCGAGCUGGCCAAGUUCCUGCUGGCGCGGGCCCUGGCCAACCGCAAGAUCGGCCACUUCCUCUUCUGGCACCUCCGCUCCGAGAUGCACGUGCCGUCCGUGGCUCUGCGCUUCGGCCUCAUCAUGGAGGCCUACUGCCGGGGCAGCACCCACCACAUGAAGGUGCUCGUGAAGCAGGGGGAGGCGCUGAGCAAACUGAAGGCCCUGAAUGACUUCGUCAAAGUGAGCUCCCAGAAGACCACCAAGCCCCAGACCAAGGAGCUGAUGCACGUGUGCAUGCGUCAGGAGACCUACCUGGAGGCCCUCUCCAACGUGCAGUCCCCGCUGGACCCCAGCACCCUGCUGGCUGAAGUCUGCGUGGAGCAGUGCACCUUCAUGGACUCCAAGAUGAAGCCCUUGUGGGUCAUGUACAGCAACGAGGAGGCAGGCAGCGACGGCAGCGUGGGCAUCAUCUUUAAGAACGGGGACGACCUCCGCCAGGACAUGCUGACUCUGCAGAUGAUCCAGCUCAUGGAUGUUCUGUGGAAGCAGGAGGGACUGGACCUGAGGAUGACCCCCUACGGCUGCCUCUCCACGGGGGACCGCACUGGCCUCAUCGAGGUGGUGCUUCACUCAGACACCAUCGCCAACAUCCAGUUGAACAAAAGCAACAUGGCGGCCACAGCUGCCUUCAACAAGGAUGCCCUGCUCAACUGGCUCAAGUCCAAGAACCCUGGGGAGGCCUUGGAUCGAGCCAUCGAGGAGUUUACCCUCUCCUGUGCCGGCUACUGUGUGGCCACUUACGUGCUGGGCAUCGGAGAUCGGCACAGCGACAACAUCAUGAUCCGCGAGAACGGGCAGCUCUUCCACAUUGAUUUCGGCCACUUUCUGGGCAACUUCAAGACCAAGUUUGGAAUCAACCGUGAGCGAGUCCCGUUCAUCCUCACGUAUGACUUUGUGCACGUGAUCCAGCAGGGGAAAACGAAUAACAGUGAGAAAUUUGAAAGGUUCCGGGGUUACUGUGAGCGAGCCUACACUAUCCUGAGGCGCCACGGGCUGCUCUUUCUCCACCUCUUCGCCCUGAUGCGGGCUGCCGGCCUGCCUGAGCUCAGCUGCUCCAAAGACAUCCAGUAUCUCAAGGACUCUCUGGCGUUGGGAAAGACGGAGGAGGAGGCUCUAAAGCACUUCCGAGUGAAGUUCAACGAAGCCCUCCGGGAGAGCUGGAAAACCAAAGUGAACUGGCUGGCCCACAAUGUGUCCAAAGAUAACAGGCAAUAGCAGCCCGGGAACCACCACCUUGGGAACCGGGCACCAGGCCCGCCCAGCCGUCCUUUGGGGCCGGAGAGCCUGCCCGGCACCCCUCGGGCAAGAACGUACACAACUGCCUUUUGUUUACACUGGUUAUUUAUUUAUGACUUGAAAUGUUUCAGGAGCUAAACAGCCAUAAAUGGAAAUGCAUCCUUUGUGCAGGGGAGGGGCGCCGUCCUCCAGCGCUCCCCCCCCAUCCGAGCCCCAGGCUCUGAUGAGGAGACACUGUGAGUUGGGCACUUCCGAGGCUGCAUUGUGCUAAGGACUGUAACCAGAGUCUUCCAGCUGGUGAAUCGGGCCCCAGCAAAGACUGCUCUCCUCGCCGCCGGGAAGCCUGCCUUUUUCCCGGGCUCCUGCCAGGCUGCACAGAGCUUGGCGCCUGGUGGUCACCCUGGUGCCUGCCGUGCAGACAGGGCGCCCACGACUCCGUCCCCCCCUCCACCUUCGUGCUCUCCACUGACUGAGCGCUGGGCAGCUCCCAGAGGAAGCCUGGGUACCCUCUAGAUUCAGGGAUGCUUGCUUUCCACUUUUAAAGUGACUCUUGGGUAUGGGAAUCCUCUCAUCUCUCUGCUGUAAAGCGAUUUUGUUUUGCGGGUAAGAAAGAAAAUAGCCAAACUACUCAUUGAACCUCGAUGGCUCAGAAUGGCCUCAGCCCCAUAAAGUAUAAUAUAUACUGGUCCUCAAGACAUUAAAAAGAUUUGAGCUUGAUUGAGCUCAACUACGGAUCAAGGCACAUGCAGGUCAGAGUACUCGUGCAAUUAUGUGUCUCCUGCCUCGUAAAGCAGGUUUUGAGGACGGGACUUGAUCUCCAGAACUCUCCCCUUUAACCUGCUGUGAGCAAUCAGGUAUCAGAAAUAUGGGGUUGGUCUGUGAUGGAAUGUUUUUCUCUGACGGUACCUGGCUUGAAGCCGUUCAGGCUUCGCCUUCAGUGGACCUGAAGAGCUCUAGAAAUGCCAGGUUCCUGGGCUCCUCCCGGCCAUGUGAAGCUGACUCUGGAGAGGGAGCUAGGAAUCUGGGCUUCUCGAAGCCCACGGGUGAGCCUAAUGUGUUAGCAGCCGCCUUGGGCCCCACCCAGCUCCACUACUGGUCUCUCUAAGGCCUUGCAAGUCCUGGGAGGGCCAGGAAUGGCUGCCCUCUGGACAGGUGCAUGGCUUUAAAAAAAAAAGGACCCAGGUGCCGACCUUCUUUGGUUCAUUAGAGGUGCAGUCCGUAAGCAGGGAGUGCCACCCCCAGAACACCACUGACCACACUCUUGUCCCCAACUAAGUGCUGAAUUCAUUCACCCCACCUCGCCGGUUUGGAAAUAGGAAAAGCCGAGUGUAUGUCUCUAUGUUAUGUUAUUUAUUUAAACGAGUCUGUCCUGGCGUUCUGGUUCGGGUACAUGGCCUGUGCGCCUGGUGAGAAGAGGUUUUUUGUUUUGUUUUGGGGGUUUUUUUAGUCUUUUAAUGUUUCUGUAUGGGGAAGUGAGUUCAACACAACCAAUGUGGGUUGAAGACGGGCACCCUGUGAAGGCUUGAUGGAGAGGUAAAAGCCUACUAAAAGAAAUAAAAGCCUUUUUAUGUCGUGUU